GUUACCACCUUUAAGUCGUCAUCGUCAUCGUCAUCAACUUCGACGUUUGAGCAGCAAAAUUAAAAUCAACCACUUCUUUCAUUUGGCUUCAUUUUCAACAAUAAAAAGCCAUAUAACUCCAGUUGUCCUGGUAAUAGUCACUGCAAGAGCAGCUGCAACAAAGACAACCGAAAUGGUUAAAUCUAUCAGGGUUCAUGAGCUUGGUGGACCUGAGGUCCUGAAGUGGGAAGAUGUGGAGAUAAGAGAGCCAGGUCAGGGUGAGAUACGCGUGAAGAACAAGGCCAUUGGGCUUAAUUUCAUUGAUGUCUACUUCCGCAAAGGAGUUUAUAAGGCUUCCACAAUGCCCUUCACUCCAGGUAUGGAGGCUGUUGGAGAAGUGAUAGCUCUGGGCCCUGGAGUUACAGAUAGGAAAGUUGGAGAAGUUGUAGGUUAUGCUAGUGGUCCUAUGGGUUCAUAUACUGAAGAGCAGAUCCUUCCUGCAAACAAGGUCGUGCCUGUCCCACCUUCUAUUAGUCCUUCAAUAGCAGCAUCUGUGAUGCUUAAAGGCAUGACUGCUCAGUACUUACUCCGUCGUUGCUUCAAGGUUGAACCAGGGCACACUAUCCUUGUUCAGGCUGCAGCUGGUGGAGUCGGUUCUCUGUUAUGUCAGUGGGCAAAUUCUCUUGGUGCCACUGUCAUAGGUACUGUCUCAACCAAGGAGAAGGCAGCACAAGCCAAGGACGAUGGAUGUCACCAUGUUAUAAUUUAUAAAGAGGAAGAUUUUGCUGCCCGUGUCAAUGAGAUAACAUCAGGAAAUGGUGUCGAUGUUGUCUACGAUUCCGUGGGGAAAGAUACCUUUCAGGGCUCAUUGGCAUGCUUAAAGACUCGUGGCUACAUGGUUUGUUUUGGACAGUCAUCUGGGACACCAGAUCCGUUCCCACUGUCAGUGCUUGCCCCAAAAUCACUGUUCUUGACAAGGCCUUCGCUCAUGCAAUACACUGCAACCCGGGGUGAGCUGCUAGAAACUGCAGGGGAGGUAUUUGCCAACAUUGCAUCUGGCGUGUUGCGGGUUCGUGUGAAUCACACAUACCCUCUAUCUCAGGCAGCACAGGCACAUGCAGAUCUGGAGAGUCGAAAAACAUCUGGGUCAGUUGUAUUGUUACCUUAAAGAAUCUGAGCAGUCAGAAUUGUGGUCACAAGCUAUUCCGAACCAUUGGCAGGGGAAGGACCGGCUUCCACUUUCUGUGGUUUCAACUCUAUCAAAUAAAUCUUGUAGGGGAUGUCUAUUCAUGCAAUCUGUUGUCCUUUUCUAGCA